UCACAGCGAUUACCAUCACUCCUUCACUAGUGGACUGCUGGUUGCUGUGAUCUGUUCUGGUGGGGAUCGUGGCCUCUUAGAAUUUUCCUUGUGACGUAUAUCUGCCAGGGCUAAGAUGAAAAGGCCCUGAACUUCUACUUCGGACCGAAUCCGAAUCCGAGACCGAGAAAGACAGAGCGAUAUAGAUUUCUGAGGACGCUUCGAAACUCCUUGUCAGCAGACAAAUGGGAUCUUGCAUAUAUGCAUAUAUAGUCAAAGACUCUUGUCUUCACCCCAACUAGCGCUGCAAUGCUAUUUCCAACUCUUCUCAUUAUUCUUGCCUCAGUUCUCCGACCUUGUGAUGCACAGUUGACUCCGGUCGUUGACCUCGGAUACGCUAAAUAUCGGGGAACGCUAGACCCCGCUGGAUCCAACAAUACUCAGUUUCUAGGGAUACGAUUCGCUGCACCCCCUACUGGCUCGUUGAGGUGGCAAGCACCCCGAACACCGGACUUCAUUGCGGGCAUACAGGACGCUAUUGCUAACCCCUCCGGAUGUCUUCAGGGUGGAACUGGUGCAGCUUCGAGCAAUCCUUUUCCUGCUAACAAAAGAGACACCUUUGCGGCAAAUUCUGAAGAUUGUCUUUUCUUGAACGUGUUUGUUCCCAGGCAGCUCAGUUCUCGCAGGAACCUACCUGUCGUGGUAUGGAUACAUGGAGGAGGUUAUGUUACUGGCAGCGCCCUCGGGGCCUUCGGGAAUGACCUAAUCCGUGAAGCUGGCGGCGGAGUCGUCGCUGUGGCUAUCCAGUAUCACCUAGGCUUAUUUGGAUUCCUGUCCGGAGAGUCAGUAAAAGCACAUGGCACAUUAAAUGCUGGCCUUCUUGAUCAGCAAUUUGCGCUUCAGUGGGUCCAGACACAUAUCGCCAAAUUCGGUGGUGAUCCAAGCCGAGUUACGAUCUGGGGCGAAUCAGCUGGUGCUGGCUCUGUUCUUCAGCAAGUUAUUGCAAACGAUGGGCACACUUCCCCGCCUUUGUUCAGAGCUGCAAUAACAAGCUCCACUUUCCUCCCUUCGCAGUAUGCGUUUAAUGAUGUCGUUCCAGAAUUUCUGUACAACACCAUCGUAUCAAGGACGAACUGUACCUCGGCAGCCAAUUUGCUCACAUGUCUGAGAAAUGCGGACGUAAAUGUUCUUGAACAGAUCAAUGUUGACCUUUGUAGCAGCGGGUUUUUCGGCACCUUCGUAUUUGUGCCAGUCGUUGAUGGUGAUUUCAUAAAACAAAGGCCGACAGUGGCCAUGCGUGAAGGGAAAGUUAACGGUGAGGUUCUCUUGUCCGUAACAAACACAAAUGAGGGGGCACCAUUCAUCAACCCGGGUACUGUGAACACCGUUCAAGUUCCAGAGUAUUUGACCCAGCUAUUUCCGAACCUGAGCAUUCAGAAUCGUGACAUAGCCGUGACAAAGUAUUCUGGUCUUGGAAUUCCAAUCCAGCAGGUCGCCGCCAUAAUGGGAGAAUCCAUAUUCGUUUGCCCCACUUACUACUUGCUUCGCGCUUUCAAAGGGAGAGCAUUCAAGGGUGAAUUCGCGAUUCCACCUGCCACUCAUGGAGCAGACGUCCAUUAUUACUUUCCCUCUAUAAAUGUGCCAGACGGCGUUCCCCCCUUCAACAAUACUGACUUCUAUAAAGCGUUUUCCGAGUCUUUCCUUGCCUUCGUCAUGUCUUUGGAUCCAAAUGAGACAUUCGAGCCAACUAUUACGCCUUCCUGGGAGCCAUUUUCGUUCCAGCAAGGUCAUCAGGUAGAAAUGCGAUUCAACAAGACAGAAAGUGACGAUCCUGCGGUAUUUCCCUUUACCACGCCGGAAGAUUUGCUUGAUCGAUGCUCGUUUUGGGAAAGUGUUGGGCCUGAAAUAGGACAAUGAAUAUCUUGGUUGAAUAUCAUUAGUUAAACGUAGCUGUAGCUUAUUGCCUAAGCACCUUCAAGAUUUCUGCCCCCACCGAAGCACUCCUCUACGCCAUGAAUAUAGUACUCAUUAUGGUAG